GUCCAUCGAUGUUGCACCUACUACAAGGUCGCUCCCGAACCAGACCCUAGUACGAAGGCCCUCAUCAUUAUCACCACCAUCGACAGCAAAAUCCCCUCACGGCGCCUCGCCGACCUCGUCCCACCCGAAGCCACAAAACAACCCGCGUUCAAGAUCAUGCGUCGCACACCGCACGACCGUAUGCGCUCCAAGCCCCAAUCCCGCAGCGGUUCCGUCAACGGUGAAGACAACGAUCUUUCCGAUGUCGAGCCCUCCGAGACCGGCAGUGCCGGCGGACGAAGUCACACCGCG